UUCGACACUCUAUCCAGGCUGAUGUCACUCUUUACUUUUGAAUUUUCAGCAAGAGGACCAUAAGAAAAGAAACAAAAAGGGAAGCGGAAUGAUGGGACUUAUGCUGAGUCCAACACAAAGUCGGAAUGCAUCAUCCUAACUGACAACAUUUUGAACAAGUCACUCCAGGACUGACUGUUGCACCACAUUCCUGUAAAAACGACCAGAAUCGCUUCUACAUUCACUGCAUUCCAAUAUAUGCUGAAAUUCAGCUUUUAUGCAUGAAUAUGAGUGUGGAUGCAUUCAAAACCUGCUGAGAGGUUCUUAUUAAAAGAUGCAGCCAGGUGGUCCUCCUGCACCCCCACCUCCACCCCCACCACCUCCACCUCCGCUUCCUCCGCCACCACCUCCUCCACCUCCAUCCCUACAUGGCCUGGGUCCAAUUUCAAGGUUGGAGCGCCGGCGCUCCAAGAUGCGCAACUUCAACUGGGAGACCCUACCCAAACACACAGUUAUAGGAAAGCACAAUAUCUGGACAGCAGAUAAGACUGAUGGGGAAUAUGAGCUGGACACUGAUCAUAUGGAGGAGCUGUUCAGCCACAAGCAGGCCCAGCAGCAAAUCAAAGCUCUGAACCGUCAGAGUCUGAGGGGCCUGCCAAGUUCUGCCACAGCAGGGGAAAUGAUUUCUGUCCUCAGCUCCAAGAGGAGCAUGAACAUUGGAAUUUUCCUAAAGCAAUUCAAGCGGUCUAUAAAAGACAUGAUUGAGGAUAUCAAAUCAGGAAAUGGCCUGGGCUUUGGUACUGGAAAACUGCAGGAAUUAUGCAAGAUGCUUCCGGAUGAAGGGGAGGUAAAGCAGCUGGUUAAUUUCAAAGGUGACAUGUCUGCUCUCCCUGAAGCAGAUCAAUUUAUGUUACUGUUGGUCAAGAUCCCCAGCUAUGAAGAGCGUUUGAGCUGCUUGGUGCUGAAGGAGGAAUUUUUUCCCCUUAUGGAUGAAGUAAAAGAAUUCAUCUGUAUUUUGACCACUGCUGGAAGGGAGCUGCUAGAUUGCGAUAAUCUUCAUGCUGUCAUUCGCCUGGUCCUUAAGACUGGAAAUUACAUGAAUGCUGGCGGCUACGCGGGCAAUGCGGUUGGCUUCAAAAUGUCUUCUCUGUUGAAACUAGUGGAUACCAAAGCAAACAAACCUGGAAUGAAUCUUAUGCACUAUGUUGUGAUGCAAGCUCAGAAGGUGGACACAGCACUGCUUAAAUUUCCAGAACAGCUCAAACACAUUGAAGCUGCAGCAAGAAUACAUCAAGGCGACAUUGAAGGGGAGUAUCGAAAGCAAGUAAAGAAAGUGCAAGAUGCCAAUGCAAACACUUUAAAGCAGGAAGACCUAAAGGCACAGAUGGAGGAUUUUCUAAUGGAAGCGGAGGUUUGCUUGAAAGAAGUAGAAACUGAUCUUCAGGAGUUGCAGUCUGUAAGUGACAGAGUGGCACAGUACUUCUGUGAGGACCCCAAGAAUUUUAAACUGGAGGAGUGUUGCUCCAUUUUCAACUCCUUUUGUGAAAGAUUUUUGCGAGCUAUACAGGAAAACAAAGCUAGAGAGACUGCAGAGGUGAAACGGAGACACAGAGACAGACUGGAAAUUGCAGCCAAGCGGAGAUCCACAGCUACCUGCUCCAGUAGAGAUAAGGAAAUGGAUAGUGUUGCAUUAGAAUCUGUGCUGCAAAACUUUGUCACCAAACGUGGUUCUAGGAGAAGAGCAGAAAAGCCCUCAUCGACUCGUGGAAGCCCAACUAAUGGUAGUCCCAAUAACGGGAGCCUUUCAGAAAUUACUUCUCAGGCAAACCUUCCCCCAGUAAAUCAAAAGAUUCAAGCCUCAAUUAGAGCUAAGGACAUGGGCAGAAAAGAGUGGAGUUCAGCAGUUGAACUCACUGCGAACUCACGGAACUCGCACAAAGCCCAGUCAGACAUCGAGGACACAAUGGCAGAGAGUGAAAAUUCUAAUGAAGAAGAGAUGAAAACUUCCAAAGAAGAGGACUCUAGAGGACUUAUGAACCCUUUCAAAAGGACUGUUAGACUUAUGUCCACAGUUAGAUCUUUUGAUGAUCGUGAGGAAGAUCUGCAAGAUAAUAAUGAGGAGGAGGCCCAAAAGCUGCGUGAAGCAUCUAAAAAAGUUUUGCGUUUUCAGAACAGCCGUGGCAGCGUCUCAUCUGGGGACUACUCUCUGGAAAAUCAGAAGUCUCCUCCUCCAAAUGCGCCCAUACGCCGUCAGCUCACAUUUGAUGAGGAAGAGGAUCGGUAUCCUGAUGACCCCAGCAAUGAGGAUUUGCUUCAAGUUUUGCUCAAACCUCAACCUUCCCCUAAACGUAACCUUGGACGCCGCCAUACGCUGCCUACUAAAGUCCCAAAAACCGAGGCAGGGGAAAGUAAUCGGUGGACUGAACUGCCCGUCAGAACUCCAAAUCAUGUGGCUAAAGAAAAGGGGACGAUGCCAGAGCGAGAGGGCGCCGGACACCCUCCCUCCAAACCAGUGUUUGAUUAUACUGACAUUUCUCACAACUUAAAACAAUCAGGUGCUCAAGACACAAAUGACACAUCAGCAGAAAGCACAAUCAAGCCGCCUGUUUCCUCAGCUCCUGUCAUGCAGCCCACAGACAACGAUGUACAGAUAACUAGUGACACUGUUCCAGCAAGCAGCAAGCCUGUGGUGUUCAAAACUGAGACCACUGGAUUGUUUUUCAGUUUUUUAAAACGCCUCGGCGAUAUGAGCAAACUACAGAGCAGCAAGGACACUGUAAAUAAGCCCACAGGCUCUGGUGUUUAGCCUUUGGGAUAUAUUUUUACAUGUAUCAAAGAUAAUUUAUGUAAUUUAAUGUUAAUUGCAAUUAAUUCAUGAUGACAACAAAGUGUUAAGAUUGUUCUAUUUUGGUAGUUUUUCCUAAAUUGUGAAUAUAUUCAAGAAAGCUUUAAGCAAGUGAAGGUUUCUUUGUUUAGGAGAAGGCAUUUUGUAUGUUGUACCACUAGAUGGCAAAAUAUAGUUGGCUUAAAGCGGAGGUUUUCUGGUUGAUGUAGAAAGAUGGGCACAUUGGGAUAAAUGGUUUAAGGCCUACAGUGUGUGAACUUUGGAAGGAUUGACAUGCAAAACGUGCAGAAGGUACUGAGAAAGUGUAGAGAGACAGAAAGAGAGAGAGACAGAGACACCAAUGACUGUUUUCUACAGUCGUUGAGAGAGACAGAGAGAGAGAGAGAGAAUAAAAUGGCUCAGAGGCUGUAUUUAAAUCCUGGUUAGAUGUUUUUGUUUUUAAACUACGUGUGCUUGUAAUGCAUGCUUAAAUACAGUAUUUCCUUUUUUUUUGUUUUGUUUUUAACUGAGUAUAUUUGUAUUGCUCUGUUUUCAACUCUUUUUGUGAAACAUUCUUGUAAUUCUUUUUUUCCCCACAUUAUCACAGAAGCAUGUCAAAAAUGCAGAAGAGUGUGGUUGCUUUGAGGGUCUUACUCAAUUCAGCCAUUGUUUGAUCUUAAAUGGGUCAGUGUUACAAAGGCAGCCUGUAUUUGAGCAGAGCUGAACUAUGAAAAGUCGAAAUGAAGGGCGUUGAUCCCAAAUUAACUUAAGACAUUACCACAGUUGAAGGCCCAGUAUCUGGUGGCUGACAAUGGUGGUACAUUUCACUUAUGGAAGACCCUCAGUACUUUCAUUUUGUGGGAGCAGAGGCAUUGGGUCAAAGAGGCCACAGCUUGUACCAUAACAUUAGAGCUUGUUGAUGCCAGAGUUGCGUUAAUUAGGUUUUUGGUACUCUGUCAGGCUGUCUGACUUGAAAUAAUGAAGUAAUAAAAAC